UCUGCAGCAAAAGCGUGAGCAGCAACAGAGACUGAGGAACUGUUAGAGUGGGAGCCUGUGGCCAUGGCAGGCCGCUCGUAAGAGGAAAAGAAAAAUAAAGAGGUGUGGGGGAAAUUUAGAAACUACUUAAGUAUGGGACAUUCAAAGGCAUUCACUGUUCUACCAGAAGACCUCUAAAAGAGCAUACGCCACACACCUGAGCUGCUGCAGGCGGGUAUUUUUACAGCAGUAGUUCCUAAAUGUUUGGAUCCAGGGGUCAAGCCCUUAAACUCUCUCAUGGAUACCACAAUGGACAAAGGAGUGAACAAACACGCGCAUAUCACCUCAUAUUAUCACUUCAAAGGUGACAUGUGGAUCGCAGUCUGGGAACUGUGGCUCUACAGGAAAAGAGGCCAAAACCUUUCGGGCGGGCGGAGGUGACGGCUGGGGUUUCAGGCUUCCACGCGCUCACGUGGAGAGGACGACUCUUCGCACAAAACCAAACGCCUUUCAGGGGAACCCGGCACAGUUCUCUGCUAUGGAACUCGGACAGCAAGGAGGCAAGUUCCAAACUUAUUCCCUCCUUUCAUUUCCAACUAAAAAUGGUCUUCAAAUACAAUUUUAAAGGAGAAGACACUGCAUAUGGUGGGCAGGUGCCAUGCUCCACACCCAGGUAGCAUCCCAGUAUAACCAGCUUGCUUUGGCAGCACACCACCAGCAGUGAUCAGGCAAUACCAGGACCCCAGAGGAGAGGAGAAAGCUCCAUGGAGACCUUAUUGCACCUUUCAGUGCUUAAAACAGGCCGAUAAGAAAGAUGGGCAUGCUUUAGCAGGACCUGUUGUCAUAGCACAAGGUUUUAAACUAAAGGAGGGAGAUUCAGGGUGGACAUGAGGAAGAAAUUGUUGCCCUGAGGGUGGUGAGAGCCUGGCCCAGGUUGGCCAGAGAGGUGGUAGAUGAACCAUCCCUGGAGACAUCCCAGGCCAGGCUGGACGGGGCUCUGAGCAACCUGAGCUGGUGAAGAUGUCCCUGCUCAUGGCAGGGGGGGCACUGGGGGAGCUGGGAAGGUCCUUCCAACGCAAACUGUUCUAUGAUUCUGUUCUAUGAUCCUUCUGGCCGAUGCCUGUCACUGCUGUGGAGAGUGUGUUACAGCUGCCGAGACUUUCAAAGGGGGAAAGAAAAAACACCCGAGCAGGACAGGUUUAAGUGCUCCUAGGCCCAAGGUCCUGCUCUUCAAGUCACAGCCCCACAGAGCUCCUGCAGGAAUGUGCCAAGGACACAUUACAUCUCCAGCAAUCCCCAAAGCGGGGGGGGGGGAAAUGAAUUACUUCCAUGACCUUAAAUCAACCCUAUCAGCACAAACUGUCAAUAAGCAGUUGGCUUCCUGCUUAGUACGGACCAGAACCAGCCCUGGAGAUAAAUGAGAUGUUCCUGGGAAGCCCCGGAAACACAAAUCAGCCAGUUGUAUCCCUAACACCCUCCAAGGAGAAAAUCUCUGCCACAGGCAGCACAGCGUCCUGGUGCCAGAGGAAACUUCAGAGCCAGAGAUGCCGCCGGACGGUCUGAACGUUGUGGCACAGCACCGGGUCCAAAUGAACCCCGAGUGCUGGCAAGCAACACCCCCAGUAUUUCCAGUUCCCCAAACUGGGCUACAACAAUGACGGCUUCUGGAAUCUUAAUUACGUGCUGGAGGAAGGACACUCCCACUCUUCAGCGGUCGUAAGGGGAUUUUGUAAUGAAGGAAAGAUUCUGUUAGCCAGAAAGCACACUCUUGUCAGGCAGGUUGUAAGGUGAGGGGGUUUCCAGCUAAUCUCAUCUGCAAACAACUCGGCUCCACAGCUGCAAAUUAGUUCCCUCCGCUCUCCGAAACAGUUAACUUCUGGCUGUGAGACCAUCCUAUCUCUCUGCCCGCUCAACAAUAGAUCCAGCUAAACAAAUGUCUCCUAAUUGACUUUGAGCAACACUUGAUUGCUUUUACAAAAAACAAAAGAGAGGAAAACAUCGGGGUUUAUGAAAUAAUGACUAAUCCUGGACCAAGAGAAAGGGGAUGGGUUUGAGCGCUGGUGUCAAACAGAGAUUCAAUCUCGGCUGAAAGAGCCCCAAGACACAUGGGCCAAGUCAUUCAUCCCUCCCCAACUGCCCUCAUUUCCACACCUGCUGAUCUAAGCCAAACCCCUGCUAAAAUCCAAACAAUCGGGGCCGCUGGCAAACGAAAAUUGGACCAUUGUCUUCCCCAUGAGGGCUCUGAAAGGGCUGCACUUAAUGAGGAUGGAUUGACAGAGAGGUGGCUCGUAGGCUAUAAAAAGGCGUCCCGCAGUCGGGAGCAGCUCAGUCCGGGGUGCACAGCCCGUUCUCCCGCUCCAGCUCGCUCCCAGCAUGGUCGCCCCUCGCUCGCUCCACCACAGGAGGUCGGGUGGCCCGUGGCUGCUGGGUCUCCUGGCGCGGCUGCUGCUCUGGGGCUCCCCGGGAGCCCGGGCGAGCUACCUGCGGAGAUCCUCCAGCUGCACGCCCAUCCCGCACCGCAUGGCCUUGUGCUACGAUAUCGGCUACUCCGAGAUGAGGAUCCCCAACCUGCUGGAGCACGAGACCAUGUCGGAGGUGAUCCAGCAGUCCUCCAGCUGGCUGCCCUUGCUGGCCAGGGAGUGCCACCCGGACGCCAGGAUUUUCCUCUGCUCCCUCUUUGCACCGAUCUGCUUGGACAGGCUCAUCUACCCCUGCCGCAGCCUGUGCGAGGCCGUCAAGAGGAGCUGCGCGCCCGUCAUGGCUUGUUACGGCUACCCCUGGCCUGAAAUCCUGAACUGCAACAAGUUUCCUGCGGAUCACGAGCUGUGCAUCGCAGCGGUGUCCACCGAUGAGAAUUCCUCCAGCAGGAGAACAGUGCCCCGAGCCAGCUGCAAGGACUGCGAGCUGGAGGAGGCCAGCACUGCCAGGGAGAUCCUGGACAACCUCUGUGCCAACGAUUUUGCAGUGAAAAUCCGGAUCCUGAGGAAGAACGUGACCACCACCAUCUCGGACUUCGACCUGGACCCCUCCAGGGUGGAGGUCCUGAAGCACGGCCCGCUCCUCCGAACUGAAAUCCCCGGCAGGCUCCAGCAGUGGCUGGACAUCGACGCCACCUGCGUCCACAACAUCAUGAGGGGCACCCACGCGGGCGUCUUCGUUGUGAGUGGUGAAGUACAGAGCGACAAAGUGGUGGUGAACAAGGCCUACGCCUGGCAGAAGAAGAACAGGAACCUGCACCAGGCGGUGCGGAGGUGGAAGCAUCACCGCUGCCCCGAACAGGCCGGCCGGAAGGUCUGAAAAAAUAUCCCAAUGGCAACAAUAAGAAACUGCUCCUUUCCCUAUGGCUAGAAAACUCCUUUCCCUGGCAGCUGGCGUUUUGGAGAUGUACAGUCAAUAUUUUUAGGCGAUUCAAAGCAGUCAUAGUCCACAGAUAGGGUCUCACUACAGAUUCCUGGUUGACUGGGACAGAGCUUAAGGAUGCAAAUUGAAUAUAUUCCUCUCGCAAGGCUCUGCAGAUCCAGGUCUUGUGAUGGACGGCUUUGUGUGGGAUCCGACAUCACAACAAAACUGAACUGAGCUCCGCAGGUGAGUUCUAGAGGUCUAGAAGAGACCUGUCAUAAUAGUUCCUUCUGGUUCUCAUCGAAGUUGAUAGCCCCUUCAGCAUUUUAUUUGACCCCGAGACACUGACGCUGUCCAAGCGCCUGCUUGCUUUCUGUCCAUAGAGGUUACACGGAAGUCUCCCUGACUGCUAAGAGAUGCUUUUUUAUUUAAUGGAAGAAAUACUUUACUUUUGAACAGUCUGAGGAUAAUUAAAGGGGAGAGGAACCCACCCACACAAAGCCCAAUCCCUUAAAAAAUGAAUGCUAAACUCCACAGGCUUUCCGUUCCCCUUGCUGCGCUGAGUGUCGAUGAGCAUCCGCACAGGUACACGGAAAGAGCUGCUCUCAAGUGGGAAAGGCCCAGAGCAAAGAGCUGAGGAUUGCUGCGUAACAGGGAAAAACCAUGUUUUAACUUCACAAAUUAAGUCUGGAUCAGAAGAUUCUGGUAACUGGGGAACUACCGAAGAUAUCACAAGAGCCCUGAGAAAGCAGAGCAGGACAUGAGCCGUUUAAACCUCUGCACUGGUGGAGAGCAGCUUUGCUUGGGGCUCAGGGUGAGUCCCAACCGCGGCAUGGCAGCAGACACCCACAGUUCUGAUAUGGGGGGGAAGAAACGAGGGGGAAGAAACGUUACACGUCUGCCCAGCCUUCCCCUGCACUAAAGGGAGAGAGAAAAGGUGGCAAACCUCAGUCUCACCAAGUUCUCGGCAGCUCACACUCUCACUCAGGUGAGCAGGGACCGUAAUUCCCUGCGGGGGUAAACACAGCGACAGCUCCGGCACUCCGACCACAGAGCAGAAAACAGCAAAUCCCCAAAGAAAACAGGUUGAAUUUCUACUGCCUGACAGAGCACUGUCCGUGGAAAGUUUUCUACACUGGAUUAGAAGUGGGACUAAAAUAAGAAAAUAAGGGGAAAAACGGCUUUUGGGAGAAAGUGUUGUGCCUUGCUCAGGAGCCUGCAGUGUGGGUUGCGGAGCGCCGCUCGGUGCGAUGGAGGCACAUUGCCUCCCUGUGCUCGCCAAGCUCACCAACACCCCGCGACAACAUCUCCCCUUCGCCUGCAGCGUGGGCUGAGACCAGCACUCAGACGCUCAGGCUGAAAUUCAGCUGCGCCCUGACAUUCGUGCAGCGAUUCCUUCUAUUCCCCGAGGCUCUGAAGAAAAAACACAAGAGAUUUCCUAUUUUUAUUCCUCCCUACUGCCUUGUUUUGCAAACUGCCGCCCCGUUCACAGAAUCCGCUGCCAGGUGGUCCCUGCUACGGCAGGAUCUUCCAAACAGACUGCGUUUGGAAAACACAGCAGAACAUCUAAAAGCUCUGAAGGUUGAAAAGGCUUUGUCCGAUAUUUGUCUUCCAUUAAUAGGAUUGUUUGAUCACUAGUGUUUCCUAACUAAAAAGUGCACAGAUGGUCUGACAAGCUUUAGAAAUGACAUCUCGUAGCCAGAGCGGGGGGCGGUAAAAAUAGGGCAGGGACUUUUUCACAGCUCCAUGAAAUACACUUGGGUUCAAUGCAGAUGACUUACCCACAUUCCAAAAGUUCCCCUGCGGUGCCCAGUGCCCUGCCACAAAGCACAGAGCUCACAAUUAAAUCAUUAAUGAGCCAUCCGCUGCUGUAGUCCCAGACAGCCUGCUCUGCUGAAAGCAAAAAGAUCACAGACCAGCCACUUAUUCCCUUAAACUGUCUCUCGCAAGCCACAACACUUUGCGUUAAGGAAAAGCCCCAAAAAAUCAAGAGCCCUUUGCUAGCAACCUCUGGGCUUGCCUAAUGCAAACAAGUUAAAUACACACUUCCACUAAUUUAAACGAGAGAGAUGCAAUGAAUUAGUGUUUUUUAAACCAGUUGAUUUAGAUUGGUACUGUUUGCACAGCCAGUGAAGUCUCUGGAAGUCUUUAGAAGUCAGAGCUGGCUCCUGGCAGGUUCAUCCGGGAGAUAAGAGCUGUCUUGCGACUUGCAGUUUCUAAAUAAGUGACUCCUUAUCAGAGGACAAAGGAGAAGAGACUCGUGCGGCAUCUCCAGUGCUGAAUGUCCUCAAUGCCAUCCCCAGGGAGCAAAGCUGCUCUUGGAGCACACAGAGGUGCCGGAGUGACGAGUUAAAACGUGUGGGAUUAGUGCUGCUGGGACCAACCUGCCUUCUCUCAACUUCAGCACCUUCCUUGCAGGACAGGAUCAACUCUUUUAAGCAGCACCAGCAGGGCAGAGAAGGUGGAAACUAGAGUUUUCCUAAGUGAAAAUCAGAGCAAUUGCUCCAGACCGUGGUUCUGGUAAUGAUGUCAGCUUUGGGAAUGCUGUGGGAUAUCAGUUCCAGGUUGGUGUGUCUGUUUACUGAAUGUCAGACAGAAAUCCACUUUGAAAUUUGCAAACCACAAGUACCACAUAUGUAGAAAUUUAUAAAGAACUUUGUGUAUUUCUUCCAGAUACUUACUGCAUUAAAGGAAUUUAAUAAGGAACCUAUCUGAUUCAUGAGCAGGCUUUCAGUGUGUAUAAUCUAUUUGGAAUCAGAAAAAAACCUAUUAGAUUAUUGAGAAAGCAUCUAAUGAAGACUCUCAAUACUGUCUUUUCAGAGACAACAGGUAUUCUCCGACUCUGCAGUAGCAGGAAUUUUGUAAUCAUCUGUCCCAAAAAGUUAAUUUGUAUAUUCUCAGUGGACUUCUAGAACGCAGAGUUCAAUUAAUGAGACUCUACUAGUGCCAGCAAGAAUCACAGAAAGGUAAAGAAGGUUUUAAAGUAUCUGAAAGCCAGACGGUUGUGUAUGAGAGCAGCCAGAAAUAAAGAUAAAUCUAGAACAGGACACAAAAUCAUGGAAAGUAUUAAGUCUGUUGUGUUAAUAAUUUCCUCGGUACUGAAGCACGAACACUAAAUUGCUUUAUCAUCAUUUAUUACCAAAAGUUUACGGAUCUCUUUUCCCUUCCUAACACUGAGCAGCUUCUUUGAGGUCCUCUUCAGCGAUCCUCUGCCUCUUUGCAGCAUUUUAAAGAGAAUCUGAAAACCCUGGAAAGGUUAAUCCUCCAAAUCCUUCUCAACGGGCCACCCAGAACGAGUAACCUCUGCAAACACCGUACAUCCAAAUGCCUUAAACAAAAAUCACGCUCUUUCUAACGCAGCCCCAAGGAAAAGCGGCACGGGGAGGAGAAGCAAACCA